CCAUGCCAAAACCACACCCACCACAAAAGCGCACCGCAACAGUCCACGACGCAGAGCCGGCUGAGCAGCUAAUAUACUCUCGCCUCCUUCAUCGUCACUGUUAAAGCUUUGCCUUUUUACGCGUCUCGAUCUCAAUCCGGGUCUACCCAUUUCUCGACUCCGAUGGUGAGCGGCGGCGGUGGCGGCGGCGACGACGGGCAGCAGGUGGUCCUGAUAACCGGGUGCUCCCAGGGCGGCAUCGGCCACGCCAUGGCCCGGGCCUUCGCCGCCCGGGACUGCCGCGUCGUCGCCGCCAGCCGGUCCCGCGCCUCCAUGGCCGACCUCGACGGUGACCCGAGGUUCCAUCUCCAGGAGCUCGACGUACUGUCCGAGGAAAGCGUGAAGCGGGUGGUCGGGAACGUGAUCGACAAGUUCGGAAAAAUCGAUGUGCUGGUCAACAAUGCCGGUGUCCAGUGCGUGGGCCCUCUCGCGGAGAUCCCGCUGUCCGCCCUCCAGAAGACGUUCGAUACCAACGUCUAUGGAUCAUUGAGAAUGAUUCAAGCUGCUGUCCCUCACAUGGCAACUAGGAAAAAUGGGAAAGUAGCUAACGUGGGGAGUGUUGCUGCUUUGACAAAUGGACCGUGGGCAGGUUCUUAUACUUCAUCAAAAGCUGCCCUCCAUUCAAUGACUGAUACUCUCAGGUUGGAGCUAAAACCACUUGGAAUUGACGUCAUCAACAUUGCCCCUGGUGCUAUCAAAUCGAACAUAGGAAGUUCUGCAGUUGCGAGCUACGACAAGAUGCCUGAGUGGAAGCUGUAUAAGCCAUUUGAGGCAGUGAUGCGUGACAGGGCUUAUCUCUCUCAGGGAAUCAAAGCGACCCCUACUGAAGAGUUUGCCAAGGAGGCUGUGUCUGCAAUAUUAAGGAAGAAUCCUCCCGCUUGGUUCUCCUACGGCCAGUAUUCGACCGUGAGCAGUAUUGUAUACCAUCUGCCAAUAUUCGUUCGGGAUUUCAUAAUGAGGAAGGCAAUGAAAUGUCAGGUAUGAACUAGAGUUGGCAGGUCUGCCUUUGUAUACUUUUUGGCUUGUUCCCGCAACUUGCAACGUAUAAAACCGUUCUCCCCAAAAAUAAGGAUAAGGAAAAUGGAGAAAAAAAGGUUGUGAAGAAUGGUGGGGAAACGGUUGACUUACGUGAGUAAUGAUUAAAUGGGUGGAUAAAGUGGAUUGGAAGUCCUAAAACUUGUGUUUUAUGAAUUAAUUGCAUCAUUCGGUAAAGUUUUAGACUUGAUUAAA